CUAUGAUAGGAUCCUGCUGACAGCGGGCUAAGUUAGCUAGCUUCACUCCACGGACUGACCUCUGCUCUAACAUGGCUGGUGUUCGAGCUCUUGGAGUUCUAUCCAGGUUAACACCGAAGAGAUACGCUGUUCUAACAGGCUGUAACUUCCGCACCUUCUCAGUGGCUCCAGCCAUGCAAGCGCGAACCCAUGUGAACUAUGAAGUCAAGGACAGUGUUGCGGUGAUACGGAUGAACGCUCCAAACUCUAAGGUCAACACACUGUCCAUCCAAAUGCAGAAUGAGCUGACAGAAAUAAUGAAUGAAUUGUGGACCAACAGUGCAGUUCAGAGUGCUGUCCUCAUCUCCUCCAAGCCCGGAUGCUUCAUAGCCGGAGCUGAUAUUAAUAUGAUCGAGUCUUGCGGCAGUGCAGAAGAGGUCACCAAACUCAGUCAGGGAGGUCAGAAGAUGUUUGAUCUUGUAGAAAAAUCUCCAAAGCCUGUAGUCGCUGCCAUCAACGGCUCCUGCUUAGGUGGAGGUUUGGAGUUUGCCAUCGCCUGCCAGUACAGAGUCGCAACAAAGAGCAAGAAAACUGUUCUUGGUACUCCUGAGGUGAUGCUGGGUCUUCUACCUGGAGCUGGUGGUACUCAGAGACUCCCUAAAAUGGUCGGUCUUCCCAGUGCCUUUGACAUGAUGCUGACAGGGAGAAACAUCCGGGCGGAUAAAGCCAAAAAGAUGGGGCUUGUAGACCAGCUGGUCGACCCUCUAGGACCUGGUCUGAAGAGUCCUGAGGAGAGAACCAUAGAGUACCUGGAGGAAGUUGCUGUUGAAUGUGCCAAAAGCAUCGUGAACAAGAAGAUCUCUCUACACAAAGAGAAAGGCAUGAUGCAGAAGAUUCAAGACUACAUCAUGAGCUUUGAGCUGGUCCGCAAUCAGAUUUACAAAACGGUCCACGGCAAAGUCAUGAAGCAGAGUAAGGGGCUGUAUCCUGCACCACUGAAGAUCAUUGAAUGUGUAAAAACUGGAGUUGAACAAGGCCCGACAGCAGGAUACCUGGCAGAGUCUCAGAACUUUGGCAACCUGGCUAAAACCACAGAAUCAGGAGCUCUGAUUGGUCUGUACCACGGUCAGGUGGCAUGCAAGAAGAACCGCUUUGGAGUUCCUGAGAAAGAAGUAAAGACUCUAGCCAUCCUGGGAGCAGGUCUGAUGGGGGCAGGUAUCGCUCAGGUGUCUGUGGAUAAGGGCGUCCACACGAUCCUGAAGGACACUACUGAGGCUGGACUGGCCCGGGGACACCAGCAGGUUUACAAAGGGCUAAAUGAUAAAACCAAGAAGAAGAGCAUCACAUCCUUUGAGAGAGACUCUAUUCUGUCUAACCUGACAGCCCAGCUGGACUACAGUGGCUUUGAGAAGGCCGACAUGGUCAUAGAGGCCGUGUUUGAAGACAUUAACAUCAAGCAUGCUGUGCUGAAGGAGGUGGAGGCUGUGGUCUCUCCUCACUGCAUAUUUGCCAGUAACACGUCUGCUCUGCCCAUCAAAGAUAUCGCUGCGGCCAGCAAGAGACCAGACAAGGUGAUUGGAAUGCACUACUUCUCUCCAGUGGAUAAGAUGCAGCUCCUGGAGAUCAUCACCACUGAACAGACGUCGAAAGACACCACAGCCUCUGCAGUGGCAGUCGGCCUGAAGCAGGGCAAAGUCAUCAUUGUUGUUGGGGAUGGUCCAGGCUUUUAUACCACCAGGUGUCUGGCGCCCAUGCUGGCUGAAGCAGUACGGGUUCUUCAGGAAGGAGUUGACCCUAAGAAGUUAGAUGCCCUCACCACUGGCUUUGGUUUCCCUGUGGGCGCGGCCACCCUGGCUGAUGAAGUUGGUAUCGACGUGGCUGCUCAUGUAGCAGAAGACCUCGGCAAAGCUUUCGGCUCCCGCUUUGGUGGAGGAAAUGUGGAGGUCCUGAAGACCAUGGUGGACCUGGGAUUCAAGGGACGUAAAUCAGGGAAGGGCUGCUACGUUUAUCAGCCAGGACUGAAAGUCAAAGAAGUCAACCCAGACAUCGGAGAAAUCCUGGAGAAAUACAGAAUGACUCCAAACCCUGCUGUUUCCUCAGACUCUGACGUCCAGUACCGGCUGAUUUCUCGAUUCGUCAACGAGGCCAUUCUCUGUCUGCAGGAGGGCAUUCUGAACAACCCUCUGGAGGGAGACAUCGGGGCUGUGUUUGGUCUGGGAUUCCCUCCCUGCCUUGGAGGACCGUUCCGGUUCGUGGACACCUUCGGCGCUGACAAGCUGGUCGAGAAGAUGAGGCAGUUUGAGGUAGUCUAUGGGAACCAGUUCACACCAUGCCAACUACUACUGGAUCACGCCAAUGAUCCCAGCAAGAAGUUCCACAAGUGACCGCCCUGCCGCGUGUGCCAGUAGCAGCUCUCAGUAGAAACUCCAGCCUGCCACUAAAAUGUGCCUAGUGUUGAUAUCAGGAGUGGAGGCAAACAUGAGAGUGAGGAUUAUAAAGGACAACGAGCUAAAACUCAGAGUCAGGUAAAGAUCAGAGCAGGUUUAGAGGAGCUUUAAAUAUCAGUGAGGAUGUUAUUGCAGGUACUGCUGAGAUUUAUCAUGUUAAUAUAGAGGUGUUUUCUUUAAACCACUGAUCUAAAUAAGCCUGAACAACACUAUCACCUCCAUAGACCCAGAAUCCUGUUUUAGCUCGCUGUGCCUUCAUAAUAAUCUUUAUUCUGUUUAACGUCUGCUUAAAUAAAGGUGUUUUUGUACUUAACAUUAUUGAUGGUGAAUAAAUAAAGGAGCAGAUGGAGGCUAAUAUUUCACACAUGGAUGUAAAGAUGCUCUAAAUUAAACUGUUUUCAUCUUCAGUGAUUCAUGAAUGUCUUUCUUUUGUACAUGAUGAAUCUGGAUUAAACUCUGAUGUAAAUGUGAAGCCUGAAUAAAGUUUCUUAUUGAAUUAAA